AUGGUGGAGUUGAUUGACCGGUCGCACAUGCUAUUGAACACUCGUCUCUGGACCGCCCUGCAGACGAUGACCUAUCAAACGGCGGUGCCAAUUCACCAAUGGACAUCGCGCGUUGACAUUUUGUCCAAGACCUUUGGCCACGUUGUCAGCUACGUCAUGGGCAGCAGCCUGGACUGGAGCAUCAGGGACGUCCGGAGCGAACUACUGUAUAUGGUGAAGGAUACAAUCUGCGAGUCUUGCCUCUUAAUACCCGCCAGCUUCCGCUGGCGCUGCUGCAAGCGAAGCAUAUGUCAGCGAUGCGUAUGCGUUGUAAUGAUGCUCACAACGAUCAACCUGCACCUCAAAUGCCCCUGCUGCAACAUCCGCGGCAAAAUUCAGUCGGCAGUCACCGUCGAGCCUAUUUCGUCGAAAAUUGCCGAUAUUUUAAUUGCAAGGCUUCACCAGUCAUCAGCCGAUUACCAGCCGACUGCUAUACGGUAG